AUGUCUGAGAGGAGGCGUGGAGCCGGCGGGAGAAGCGAGGCGCCUGAAGCGGCGGCGGGAAGCGAAAUGCCGACAAAGAAGCAGAAGCUCAGCAGCGACGAGAACAGCAACCCCGGGGACCUCUCGGGAGACGAAAAUGACGAUGCUGUUAGUAUAGAGAGUGGUACUAAUACUGAACGCCCUGACACCCCUACAAACACGCCGAAUGCUCCAGGAAGGAAAAGUUGGGGGAAAGGAAAAUGGAAGUCAAAGAAAUGCAAAUAUUCAUUUAAAUGUGUGAACAGCCUCAAGGAGGACCACAGUCAACCGUUAUUUGGCGUGCAGUUUAAUUGGCACAGCAAGGAAGGUGAUCCCCUGGUUUUUGCCACCGUUGGUAGCAACCGA